GAGAACCUUUUCUGCGAGGGGAACGGCACGAAGUAGAAAUGACCGGGCGUAAACAUGGCGUCUGCCUUGGACGACGAUGAGAUUUCCAAUGAUGAUUACUAUUCCCUUUUAAACGUUCGCAGAGAGGCCACCCAGGAGGAGCUGAAAGCAGCUUACCGGCGCCUGUGCAUGCUCUAUCAUCCUGACAAACACCGCGAUCCUGAGCUAAAGCGACAGGCUGAGGCUCUUUUUAACCUUGUACACGAAGCUUAUGAAGUGCUUAGUGAACCACAGGCACGAGCUAUCUACGACAUCUAUGGCAAGCGAGGGCUCGAUGUGGACGGAUGGGAGGUGGUGGAGAGGAAAAGAAGUCCUGCUGAGAUUCGGGAGGAGUAUGAACGCCUUCAGAGGGAGCGAGAGGAGAGAAGGCUUCAGCAACGGACCAAUCCAAAGGGGUCGAUAAGUGUGGGCAUUGAUGCCACAGACCUCUUUGACCGGUAUGAAGAGGACUACGAGGAUAUGGUGGGAAGCGUGCCACACAUAGAAAUCAACAGGAUGCAUAUAUCGCAAUCUAUAGAGGCUCCUCUCACUACAAAAGACACGGCCAUUUUGUCCGGCUCCCUGUCUACACACAACGGGAAUGGAGGUGGCACCAUUAACUUGGCUUUGAGAAGAGUCACCUCAACUAAAGGGUGGGGCGAGGUAGAGUUGGGGGCCGGAGACACUCACGGACCUCUCUUUGGAAUGAAGAUAUUUCGGAACUUAACGCCUCGAUGCUUUGCAACGGCUCAGUGUGGGCUCCAGUUUUCUUCGCGGGGCGUUCGUCCUGGGGUGACAACGGUGCUGGCUCGCCACCUCGACAAGAACACUAUGGGCUAUCUGCAGUGGCGCUGGGGAAUCCAGUCCUCCAUGAACACCAGCGUAGUGAGGGACACAAAGAGCAGCCAUUUUACCGUCGCAGUCCAGCUUGGCAUUCCUCACACCUUUAUGAUGAUGAGCUACCAGUACAAGUUUCAGGAUGAAGACCAGACGAAGAUUAAAGGCUCAGUAAAAUCGGGUUUCUUUGGUACGGUGGUGGAGUACGGCGCUGAGAGGAAGAUCAGUCGGCACAGUGUGGUGGGGGCCACCGUCAGCGUGGGAGUCCCGCAGGGCGUCUCCCUCAAGAUCAAGCUGAACAGAGCCAGCCAGACGUAUUUCUUCCCUAUUCACCUCACUGACCAACUCCUGCCAAGUGCAAUCUUCUACGCCACGGUUGGACCUCUGGUUUUCUACCUCGCCAUCCAGCAGCUCGUCAUUCGGCCCUAUGUGCGUGCCCAAAAGGAACAAGAGUUGGAGAAGCAGAGGGAGAGUUCAGCCUCUAAUAUAGCAAAGAAGAAACAGGAAGCAGAGGCAGCUGUUUUGCUCAUGCAGGAGUCUGUCCGAAGGAUCAUUGAAGCAGAGGAAUCUCGAAUGGGUCUCAUCAUCCUCAACGCUUGGUACGGCAAAUUUGUGACGGACAAUAGCAGAAAGCACGAGAGGGCAAAGGUCAUCGAUGUGACCGUGCCACUUCAGUGUCUGGUGAAAGACUCCAAACUCAUUCUCACUGAGGCCUCAAAGUCAGGACUCCCUGGCUUCUAUGACCCCUGUGUGGGGGAGGAGAAGAGCCUGAAGGUGCUGUAUCAGUUCCGUGGAGUCAUGCAUCAAGUCCUGUCAGGAGACACAGAACCACUCAGGAUACCAAAGCAAUCUCACAGGAUUGAUUCAGACACAUAGAAGUGCUUGUUCUGACCAAAACAAAAGACUUGUCUCUAGACUGUUGGACAGAAGAUGAAGAGACCUAUGUUUUAGAUGCGACUUGGAAAUCAGUCUUUGUUACUCAGAGAUCAUGAAUUUACCCGUUUGCCCUGAUGUUCAUUUAAAUAUUGAGAGUGGAAUAAGAUGACAGACUGGAUUUAUCAGAACCAGUAUUCAAUGGACGGGGUUUUGGCCUGCUAAAUGUGUCAAAAAAUCAGCUGUUCUCAUCAUAAACCUGAGUUCUGCCCUCGUUGGGAUCAGUUUGGUUUUGGGGAUGGCUUGCAAAUUUUGACAGAGUUCUGUGUACUUGAACAAAAACUGCAGUGCCUACUGGAUCGAAGACAUGAAAGAAUCUCUGUUUAUUUGCCAUAUUAUUAAAAUCAUUUUCUCUCAUUUUGCUCAAAUU